AUGGAGUCAAUUGAAGUUCCACAGAUCACAGAGAAAUGUGCAGGGAUUUAUUCAUUGAACACCUGCAUUGAAGAAAGACUGGAAAGCUUAGUCAGCACUUGGGCCAAAUUGGUGGUCAAACGACCUUAUAUUUUUAUUGUCCUCUCCUUAAUAAUAGGCUCAGCUUUGACAAUUGGACUUUAUUUUUCAAAUGUAAAUAACGAUGUUGACGAAAUAUGAGUUCCUACUGAUUCUGGAGCAAAGAAUCAUAAAGAUAUUGUUGAAAAAGCUUAUGGGAAAAGUGAGCGACGAUAUCAAAUUUAUAUAACUUCAGCCACAAACAAUACCAAUUUAUUAGAAGUUGAGCCUUUUGAAGAGCUUAUAACUUUUAACAGCCAAUUAAAACAGCUAAAUUUCUCAGGAAUUUGUAUGAAAAUAAAUGCAUCAAAUCCUUGCAGAUUUUACGAAUGACCACUAGGGUUUUGAGAAAAUUUUGACAAUACCAUAAUUUUUGAUGCAAAAACUCCUUAUCAAGUCCAAUACAAAAUUCAAAGCGGGAAAGGCUUGCUCUCCCUCUCCUUGAGCGAGAAAAUCCAUCGAAGAAUCCUUUUUUAUAACAAAAUUCAGAAGUAAAAUUUUUUUAAUAAAAUAUGUUUGGGUUAAUGAUAAAUGCCAAAAUAAAAUGAUUAUUUUUUAAAUUUCGCAAAAAAAAAUUGUUUAUUAACUAGCAAAAUCAUUUUUCUCAAUUAUAGAAGGGGAUAAUUAGCAACUUUAUAUCCAAACUAUGAUGACCGAUAUAUUUCUAUCAUUGAAAUGCUGUCUGGGCGGCUUCCUUAUAAUUUAACUGUUGACUCGGAUGGGUCAAAUAAUAUAUAUUACUUUGAAGCUAUGCAGUAUGAGUAUUAUACUCAGCCUAACGACCUAUCAGAUAGCGAAAUUUCUGACUGGGAAUCAGAAUUACGCGAUUUUGUUAAAAAAUUUAACGAAAAAAGUAUGUAUAUUACUGCUGACCUUUAUUUUUUAGGAUUAGUUAAAAGUGAUUUUGUGGACUCUUUAAGCUUUGAUUUAGUGCUUUAUGCUGGAGCUAUGGUUUUUUAUAUAAUUUUUUUCUUGUAUGGCCUACUGAGAAUUAAACUACCUCAGUAUUGCCAAUUGUUUUAUAAUAAUAAAAUAAAAUGGCUCCGAAGGAGAGGAGAAAUCAUUCUGUAAAUUUCCUCUCUUAAUACAAAUUUUAUUAUUAUGGGAUUUUUUUUACAAGUUAGGGAAGAAAUGGAGAAGGCUUUCUUACUUGGCAACUUUGCUUUACUUCUUUCUACUGAGAGCAAAAUCAAAUCCUUAGAUUUGAGCAGGCGCUGGAGGAAAGCCGGAUAGGUAAAUAAAUAAAUUUAGUUUUAGAGCUGCUUAGCAGCUCAAAUUUUCUUGAAAUAACGGAAGCUCGGAUAGAUCAAGAUAACACUCCAAGCCACUAGUUGUUCACGGUACUUCUGGCUUCAAAUAGCUUCAAGGAGACAAGAAGGAGUGAACUUUGCUAGCAGGUUGUGCAUAGAUUCAUGGGGAGUGACCAAACCGAGGAAUACGGACCUUAUGGUCUUGUGCACUUGAGGCCGUUGAAUUGUAGCCUAACUCUAAGCCAAUAGUAUUAUAAAUUUCUCUGAGUUUAGAAAAUCUAAAGGAAAUAGCAUAUUUUUAUACUCAUUUUUUAUCAUAGGAAAAUGCCAUCCUACAUUAUGCAGAUUUCCAUUAACUCUUGCAAUGAUAAUUUCCUAUGCAGUUGCCAUCCUAGAAGCUCUUGGUAUUAUGGGAUAUGCAGGCUUUGAGCUUAUUUCUUCAAAUCUCGCAAUAUCAUUUUUCCUUGCCAUCGAAACUGUAUUAUAUUGUUCAUAUCUUGUGAGGUCAAUAGAAAAUAUCUCUAUAGAGCCUGGGGAAACUAUUUAUUAUGAUAGAAAAUUUGUUUUUGGGUUUAAAACAGUUGGGGUCUCACUAUUUAAAACAAUGCUAAUUACAGUGACAGCAUUUUCUAUUGGAAGUAUAUCGAAAUUUCCAGCAAUUUCAAGCUUUUGUACUGCAAGUGCAAUUGCUACAAUUUUUUUGUAUUUUAAUUGUAUGACUUUAUUUUCAGCAUGCUUGUUUUAUGAUUUUAAGAGGGUUUUACAGAAUAAAAGAGACUGCUGUGGGCAAUGCCUUUGCUCGCCAAAAAGUAACCAUUAAUAUAUGUCUAAAUGCUUGAUAAUAAGAAGGAAUAUCUGAUUUUUUCAUAAAAAUAAGCUAAUAAUUGAUAAUAAAUGGCAUUAAAAUAAUUAAAUAGACAUAUUUUAUGCUGCAAAGGAAAAUGUGCUGCAAACAGCCUAGAUCAAGAAAUUUCAAUUUUUCAGCUUUUUAUUGAAUAUAAAAUAGUAAAACUACUGCUGAAGAAAAGUAUGAUAUAUUUUGUGAUCUUAAUUUACCUAGGAAUUAUUGCUGCAGGUAUUGCAGGAAUAUUCCAAAUUAACCAAGAGCUUAAAGUAGAUUGACUUGUCAAAAAUCAUUCCUCACAGAUAAAAAGCGCAAUAGACAUUAAAGACAAAUAUUUUGGUGAUCGAGGACACAUAGUAGGGUUUUAUAUGACAAAUACAGAUUUUUCUUCAAAAUCUUCACAGUUAAGAAUGAUAGAUUUGUCAAAUGCUAUGAGAAAUUGUGAUGGAUGCAACAAAAAAUGAAUAAAGGAUGGAACUGUGCAGUCGUUUUAUGAUUCAUUAAUAGACUGGGUAGGCCAAUCUUUUUGUAAGAUUGAUAAUUCAAAUCAAGCUGUAACUCUUGAAAGCGGAGUGAUUCCACAAUUUUGGUUUAAUUCAUGUUUACAGCAGUUUUUACAAACCCCAUUAGGAAAAUAUUAUUCUAUUAGGGUUUUUCGUAUAAUAGUCCAUUAAAAAAUAUUAUAGUUUUUAUAUGCAGGAUAUUUAAAGGAAAAAAUUAUAAUGAUUUAAUUAUGAAAAAUGGGUCGCUUGAUACCGCAAGAUUUUCAGCCAGGCUAAAAUUUGUGUCUACCAAAUCUGACUGUGUGCAGCUAAAAUUCGAUCUAUCUGAUAUUUCUGAUAAAGGGCCAGGGUAUACAUUCCCAUACAAUAAAAAUUUUCUUUAUUAUGCACAGCUAGAAAGCUUAUCAAACGAUUUUCUUAUUUUUUGUUUAAUAGUGAUCCUUUCAGCUGGCUGCUAUACUUUAUUUUUAACAGUUUUCCCAUCCUCAAUAGUCCUACUGGUAGUCAAUAUACUUGCAAUAGAGCUAGGUGCUAUUUUCUCUAUGUGGGUGCUAGAUGUAGCUUUUAAUGUUGUCAGUGUGCUGCAUUUAUAUAUGAUAGCAAUAGUGGCUUGUGAAUUUUCUGCCCAUAUUAUACAUUCAUUUAUAGCUCAGCCUGGCUCCAAAAAAUAUAGGCUGAAAUUUAUGUUUAAGUAUAUAGGAAGCUCGCUGCCUCAUGUAGUUUUAUCAGUUUUUAUAGCGAUUUUGGCAUUUUUGAUUCCGACUGAGUCAUAUAUUUUUUCAGUUUGGGCCAAAAUAUGGGGGAGCUCGAUGGCUUUUAUACUUUUUGACUGCUUUUUCGCAUUGCCAAUACUUUUAAGCUUAUUUGGGCCUCAGACAGUUACCCUUGAUGAAUUAAGUUCAAAAGUAGAAACUGAUGAAAAUGCUCAAAGGAAAAUAGAGGUUAUGGAUUACCAAUGGGCUAAAAAAGAAUCAGUUGAGUAUCUAAAAGAAAACAAUGAUGAUAAUGUUCGCUUUAACAUUAGUGACAGUACCUUUGUAGAAAACAAUGAAAAAGUAAUAUUUUAUAAGUAG